AUGAGUAAGGAAAGAGUAACCUACACAGAACUGAACUUGGCCAAGUAUGCAAAGACACAACGAAUGAAACCUAAGCGCACCAAAAGCUCCGUGCCAGUGACUGAGCAGGAAAUAACCUAUGCAGAAUUAAACCUUCACAGUGCUCCUCAGGAUCUGCAGAGGAAUGACCUGCAUGAGCACUGCAGAGAUUCCCCAUCACCUCCGGAAAAGGUCAUUGCUGGGAUCCUCGGAGUCAUCUGCCUUGUCUUGAUGUCCGCUGUGGUAACAAUAGCUGUUACUCCCUCUUCUGUAAUACUGGAGAAGACCAAUUCGACCCAAAAAGCAAGGAUCCAAAGAGCACAUAAUUGUGGUCGUUGUCCCCUGGAGUGGCUUACAUAUUCCAACAAUUGCUAUAACGUUAGUACUGAACAUAAAACAUGGCGUGAGAGUCUGAUGGCCUGUGCUUCCAAGAACUCUAGCUUGCUUCAUAUAGAUGAUGAAGAAGAAAGGAAAUUUCUGAGUUCCAUGUCACCUCCAUCAUGGGUUGGAGCUUUACGUAAAAGCAGGGAUCAUCCUUGGAUAUGGAUAAAUGGUUCAACUUUCAAACUGAAUGAAGCACAUUUAUCAACUGGUAAAGUUAACUGUAGUGUGAUGCACCCAUAUGGCCUCUCAUCGGAGAGCUGUGGAUCUUCAAAACUAUACAUCUGCAAGCAUAAGCUUUAG